CUACCGCCACUGAUGAGAUCCCUGUUUCCACUACUGCUGAGGAGGCCACCGAUGCCUCAGCGACCACGGAUUCUCCAGUUACGGCUACCGCUGUCGCCACCACGGCCGAGGUCAUCACCGAGGCCCCGGCUACCGCUGUCGCCACCACGGCCGAGGUCACCACCGAGGCCCCGGCUACCGCUGUCGCCACCACGGCCGAGGUCAUCACCGAGGCCCCGGCUACCGCUGUCGCCACCACGGCCGAGGUCAUCACCGAGGCCCCGGCUACCGCUGUCGCCACCACGGCCGAGGUCAUCACCGAGGCCCCGGCUACCGCUGUCGCCACCACGGCCGAGGUCAUCACCGAGGCCCCGGCUACUACCAUUGAAGCGAUUAACGCUGAGACUACUUUCAGUCCGAGUACGUAG